UAUACUCUAAACAGUGGGACUCGGCCAUUGUGGCGUCAUAACUGCUGCCUCGGCCUUGGAGGGGCAACUGCAAUCCACUUCAACAAACCCCACGUUCUUGGACGCCGUUUGCAGUCUCUUCAGUACUUUCGUCGUUACUUGGCUGCAAAUCCGACUGCACCCAAGCCCAUUCGUAUCAGAGCCACACAUACGAGCCUUUCACUAUCCGAUACCAACCUUCCUUCAUCAUGGCCACAACGCAAACGCACCCAGAUCCACCUCCGGGAAGCUCCCCCGCCUUCAUCCCUCUCGAAGCCAACCCGGAGCUGAUGACCAACCUCCUCCACAAGCUCGGCCUCAGCCAAGCGCUACAGGUCCAUGACGUAUACUCCAUCUCCGACCCCGAACUUCUUGCCUUCAUUCCGCGGCCCGCCCUGGCGCUGCUGCUGGUCUUCCCCGUCUCAGCUAUCUACGAGUCACAGCGCAUGGCCGAGGAUGCACCCAUGUCCGAAUACACCGGCAAGGGCGAGGGUGAGCCCGUUAUUUGGUACAAGCAGACGAUUCGCAACGCCUGUGGACUGAUGGGCUUGUUGCAUGCUGUUAGUAAUGGGCCGGCGAGGGGAUUCAUUGAGUCAGAUUCAGAUCUCGACAAGUUAAUCAAGUCCGCCAUCCCUCUGCCGCCAGCCGAACGAUCGAGGCUCAUCGAAGGAACAAGAGCACUAGCCUCCGCACACCAGGAAGCCGCCAGCCAAGGCGCAACGGCCGCCCCCGAUGCCCAGGACGACGUCGAUCUACACUAUGUAUGUUUCGUAAAGACGGAGGAUGGGACGCUAUGGGAGCUUGACGGUCGCCGCAAGGGACCCAUCGCGCGAGGAAAGCUGGAAGGAGACGAGGAUGUCCUGUCCGAGAAGGCGCUGCUGUGGGGGCCUCUGAAGUUCUUGGAGAGAGAAGGAGCGGAUAUGCGGUUUAGUUGUGUGGCGCUUGCUGGGGCACUGGAUUGAUCAUGUCUUGACAGAUCUCAAGUCUUAAGGGGCUACCUGAUCGGCUUCCCGAAUUAGAACAGCCGCGUCGGAUCGAGGUGAAAACAUCCUAUAUCCCAUGUAGUCAGGUAGCAUAACCGCUAGCAGCAUCUGCCGGUGGUAAACAAUGGGUGGAACAGCACUGAUCAGGCUCAGAUCCGGCCGUUGGGGUUGGGAACUGGUUUGAUUGACCGUAGUGAGUUGAGAUGAACUCUAAUCGUGACGCUCAGAAAAUCAGCACCUUUUACGUCCACAGAAAUUAUGCCAAUAAUCGGGGUUACUGGUAGAAGUCGAUUGCUUGGCCGUGCUGAAGCAGAAGGUCGAUGUUGUCUCUGUUGGCUCGGGAACUUCACCUCGUGCACCAUGAGCAAAAAAGUACGAUGC